GUCCAUUGGUCCGCUCGACGAGGGGAGGAGCCGCUGCUUCCCCGGCGCCCCCGCCGCCGCCGAGAUGAGCUUUAGCCGCCUCUGUCGCCUGCUGAAACCAGCGCUGCUGUGCGGUGCUCUGGCCGCUCCCGGCCUGGUCAGCACCAUGUGCGCGUCCCGCGAAGACUGGCGCUGUGCUCGGUCUAUGCACGAGUUCUCCGCCAAGGACAUCGACGGGCGCAUGGUUAACCUGGACAAGUACCGGGGCUUCGUGUGCAUCGUCACCAACGUGGCCUCGCAAUGAGGCAAAACCGACGUAAACUACACUCAGCUUGUCGACCUGCACGCCCGAUAUGCUGAGUGUGGUUUACGGAUCCUGGCCUUCCCUUGCAACCAGUUCGGGAGGCAGGAGCCAGGGACUAAUGCCGAGAUCAAAGAGUUCGCCGCCGGCUAUAAUGUCAAAUUCGAUAUGUUCAGCAAGAUCUGUGUCAACGGGGACGAUGCCCACCCGCUGUGGAAGUGGAUGAAAAUCCAGCCCAAGGGGCGAGGCAUGCUGGGAAAUGCUAUCAAGUGGAACUUCACCAAGUUCCUGGUUGACAAGAAUGGCUGCGUGGUGAAGCGCUACGGUCCCAUGGAAGAGCCCCUGGUCAUCGAGAAGGACCUGCCCUGCUACCUGUAACCCACAAGUGCGCGCCCCUGCCCGCGCCCGCCUGUGCCCCUUGGAGCCUUCCACCCGGCACCCAUGACGGUCUGCCUGAAAACCAGUCGUUGGUGGGGCAGACCCGAGAACCCGGCGUGCACCCCCGCUGGAGGAAGGACCCUCGGCCGGCCAGGCUCGCGGCUCACACCCCCUGCCUUGUGGGAAUAAAACAUACAAAUUGGC